AUGAAAGCCCGCUUGUGCGGUUCAUUCAUUUACAACCCAGAGUUUGCGCAUGUGGCCACACGGCUAAGGGAGGUGCACGACUGUUGGCAUGCCAUAUUCGCCCUCCCCACCACCGUAUCCGGCGAGCUGGCUCUCAAGCUCAUCGAGUUCACCCAAACGGGCCUCCCCAUGUGCCUCCACCCUUUCCCUCCCUUACACUCCCCUCACCCCGUCCGUUCUCUCCUCCCCCCCUCUCUCGUUGUCAGAUUAAGGGAAGUGCACGACUUUUGGCACACUGUGUUCGCCCUCCCCACCACUGUAUCCGGUGAACUAGCCCUCAAGCUCAUCGAGUUCACCCAAACCGGUCUCCCCAUGUGCCUCCACCCUUUCCCUCCCUUACACUCCCCUCGCCCCGUCCGUUCUCUCCUCUCCCCCUCUCUCGUUGUCAGAUUAAGGGAAGUGCACGACUUUUGGCACACUGUGUUCGCCCUCCCCACCACUGUAUCCGGUGAACUAGCUCUCAAGCUCAUCGAGUUCACCCAAACCGGUCUCCCCAUGUGCCUCCUCGCGUCCCUAGGCGCACCUAUCCGCCUCUCUCCCGCCCGCCGCUCCCUCCUCUCCUCCAUCUACCCCUGGGCUCUGGGAGCUGGUAUCAGAGCGGUGCCGCUAGCGGGAAUUUAUUACGAGAGGCGGUUUGGGGAGGAUCUGAGUGACUUGAGACUGGAGUGGAAAAUCGCCCCUGCUCCACCGCGGUUCUUUGAAAGGAAAGGUGCUGCUGCGAGCUAG